AUGCUGCUACGAUUGGUCAAGUCCGCAGCGUACAUUCACCCGACCACGGUCGCCGCAGAGAACGUCCCAGGGUACCUCAUCGUGGCGUCCACUCGCGAGGAUCAGUCGCUAUACAUCGGUUGGAUUGCCGAUUCGCUGCUGGGACCCGGCAUCAGAAAAUGGCUGCUUGAGAUGGAGUUGAAACUGGUCGAGUCGACCUCCGUUAGGGCGACUGGCGCCUUCAGGGACCUCUGGAAGAGUUCCCAGGGGAGGUCGCACUCAUUUAAAGUUGCGCUUACCGCUGUGUACUCCGUCGAGUUCCGCCCGCCCAGUUCGUCUGGGUGGUGGCACGGGUCCCUGAUUGUGUACCCAAGGGACGACCACUUGGUGCUCCCCGCGGUGUUCCUACACGACGCACAGUGCCCCUCGACGGUCCUCAGAGAGAAGAUCCUUAGCAGGAACUUUGACCCGUUCGACAAAGAGGUGGGGCUUCAUUGGGGGGGUGUAGACGUGCUUAACUGUCUUAAGGGUGCCGCGGAACUCCGCAGGACGGAGGCCAACCCGAGCGUCUGGUUGGUGAACCCAACACUCGAUGACCUGAGAAACUACAAUGGGGACGGAGUCGUCGAGACCCCGCAGUUGAACCCUGACAUUCCUGGCGGGACAGGGGAGUCCCUAUGGGAGGCUACGAAAUGGUCAGUGCUGGCCAAAGUCGCCGACUUCACCGCUCGUACGAGUAAGUUCGUCAGCGGUGUAUUAAACUCUGGCGGUGACGGCGGCGCUGUGCCCCGGAGUCUGCUUGCGGAUCGCGUCGUGGACGACUUUGAUGCAGCAAGGGUGUACAUGGCGAAAUGGUCCCUUGGGGUUAAGCAGGAGGCUCAACGGUACCAGCUGACGAACCGGCUGGACUCCGCGUAUAUUACGACUCUAUCGCAUGAGGUCGGGUUCGACGUCUCGAGGGACCAACAGUUCACGCCGACGGAGAUGAACGUUGCUACACAGAGAGGGUUCACGCUUACGGCGCUUAAGUGGCGGUCGCUGUUCGACUUGCAAGGCAGGCUCAGCGUGACUGUCGGAGAGGUCAAGGACUUCAUCUUCCAUGGCGGGGUCGCCCCAGAGAUCAGGAGUGAGGUGUGGCUGUUCCUCCUUGGUGUGUACCCAUGGGACUCCUCUAGGGACGAGCGUGUCCAAAUCAGCGAGACCCUAAGACAAUCGUACCUUGAAUUGAAGAACGAGUGGGUGUUCCGCACUCCGGAGUCGUACGACACGGAGUACUGGGAGGACCAAGUGUUCCGGAUCGAGAAGGAUGUCCUGAGAAACGACAGAGAUAUCCCGCUGUACAAGCACAAUACGGGCGAUGGGCAAACGGCCAGUGAGGACGCUUCUGAGGAUCAAGAGCUAGAGGAGGCCGGUGCACGUUCUCACUGGAUCAUCAAAAACCCACAUUUGCUCAAGCUAAGGGACAUUCUUAAGACAUACAACGUUUACAACAAGGAUCUCGGGUACGUGCAAGGCAUGUGCGAUCUUGUUUCCCCGCUGUACAGCGUCGUCCAAGACGAACCUUUCGCGUUCUGGUGCUUUGCGCACUUCAUGGAUCGCAUGGAGCGGAAUUUCUUGAGGGACCAAUCUGGGAUCUGCGACCAGAUGAUCACUCUGACUGAGCUCGUGCAGUUGCUCCUGCCGGAACUAUACGAGCACCUACAGGCGUGCGACUCUGAAAACUUGUUCUUUUGCUUCCGGAUGCUUCUCGUGUGGUUCAAGCGCGAGUUUGAUUUUACAGAGGUCUGCUCGAUCUGGGAAGUGUUCUGGACGGACUACUACUCGUCGCAAUUCCAGCUGUUCUUCGCGCUCGCGAUCCUACAGAAGAACGCGGCACCGAUCAUACAAAACCUGACACAGUUUGACCAGGUCAUCAAGUACUUCAACGACCUGCAGGGCACAAUGGACUGGCACGACCUCAUGGUCCGCAGCGAACUCCUCUUCAUCCGUUUCAAGAAAAUGAUCGACGUCAUGGACCGCAAGCAGGAAUUGGCGACCACCACAAUCACUACUGAAACCUCAGAGGAGCACCGCGCACCGCCGAACGAGUCUCAGCACCUCCGGAGACUGCUCUCCCGCGACAUCGUCAUCCAACGCGAGGCACUCAUCGCUGACGGGACCCCGAAAUCGGAUUUACGCUGA